AAAGUUAUUCUUCUGUUGCUGUAUUUGCUGCUGCAGAAUUCUCAUAGAUUUGUAUUCAGAAUUUUGUUCUUCUUAUAAUUUGCAAACAGCUACAGUCUCAGAGAUACAUAGUGUCUGCCAUGAUGCAAAUACUGCAGCAGGAUGGGCCUCUCAGAAUUUCACCCAAACCACAACCUUUUACUAAACCUAACCAAAAAAACAAGUGAAAGCAAAACCAAACAGGAUAGGAACUGCAGUCUGCAGGUUUACAGUCUUGUGAUCUAUACCCCACCCCCCAUCAUGCCUGUGUACUUACAUAAACUUUAAAGCAGGUGUAAACACACCAAUGAGACAAACAGGACCAGAUUAAGGCAUAUGCAUGCAUCACCUUUCUAAACUCUGAAGUCUUAGGGUUAUUAGUACAGUACAAACAUAUAAUUAAUAGAGAAAAAUUACUUCAGUACAAAACAUUUGCUAUUCGCUGAAACUGACCACUAUUAGAGAUCAGCCGUUCCCAAACUCAAAUAUCAAAGCCCACACGUGGUCAUGUGGAAGAGAAAGUAAGCCCUCUGUUAAUUCUUAAGUUUUAACAGCGAGUUUUAGAAUCAUCUGGUCCUUCUCAGGUAUUAAGAUUGAUUAAAUACAACCUCAGAUGAACAGCAAAGCACGUCGUGUUACACACUGACAUUAUUUGUCUAACAUAGACUAAACCAAAAUGCAGAAGCAAUCUAAAACUAAGUGAAAAACUAAGUAGAUGCCAUGCUUCUAUAACCACCCUUAGCAGCCAAAAGUUGAAGUCAUUGUUUUCUGUGGGACAUUUUCAGCCUCUCACAUCGCUGUGGAGGAAUUUCGACUCUUUGACCUUGAUUCUUUUCUUUUUUCUGUUGUAGGUUUGCUGCUGUGCAGACAGUUGGUAUGAGGUUUUUGUACUGAUAUGCUGUGAUUGCCACAUUUUGGUGAAAACCAAUGUGUAUUUUGGAUGCACAUCACCUCAUGAUGAAAACACCCCACUGCAAAUAAAUAAACAGUUUAUUUAUAAUACAUUUUCAGAUUAUGACGAUAACAUGCCGAUUAACAAUCUAUAAAGAACAUAAAAAAUCUAACUGUGGGACCAGAUUAAUGUUACAGAAAAUAGUUAAUCUGGUGAUUUAGUGCAAAGAGGUGUAAAUAUUUUAAUUUGAGUGAAUUAUCUCACGGCUGAGUGCUGCUCUUUAUUUGUAGGAUGAAUCGAGCUUUGAAACUUUUGGAUAUUUUUAUUUUUAAUGCACAAAAGGACGAGAGCGCGACGGUAAAGUGCUAAGUGCAUCCAGCAAUAACGCCAAGAUAGCCAAGAAACCAGAGUAAUGUUAUAGCUGAGUGAAUGCCGACCCCAGCACAACAAACGGAUGAGCAGUCAGGCUGGAGCCAGUGUUCGCGUUUCUUCAGUACAAUCACUGUAGCGAUUGAUUUGAAGUCUCUGUGCUGGUUUUGAACUUUGUGCUGUCGGCUUUUUGUUCAUACCUAAAUCUAAGAGAAAAUCAUAUGUGUGUACUCAUUAGGACAGUGAUUUGUGUUGGUGUGUGGGGCUGUAGCCUCAGGUUUAUAUUUUUGAAUGGUGAUUGUGAGACAGUGUGUUUCAGAUCAUUUUACAGAGGGAUGCGAAAGUAAUGCAAAAAGUAGUAAUUAAGUACAUUACUUAAUUACUCAAGUUACAUACUGCAUUACUUUUAAGAAAAGUAGUCUGUAAUUUGUGUAAUAUGUUACUUCCUGAGUAGUUAACCCAACACUGAUCACAACAAAGAGGGGAAAUAGCUUCAGCAUUCACUAACAUUUGACCCACAGCAUAGAGUUCAUUUGCAUGCACGUAAUGUCUUUGAUAUGCUGCUUAGCGAUGGCGGCGACCCUCAAAGCGGAGCCAGUGGAAACCCAGUGAGAAUCAAUAAGUGAUAUGGAAUCGCUGAAUUCUUAAUAAUUCCCAUCCCUACUUAUCAUUUUCAACUUGAAGACUCGGAUUACAUUAUUAGGGGCGUGGCAACUUCCCCGGCACUUUUUUUUUUUAUAAGGAGCCACAACUAAAAAAAUAAACAAAUAAUUCAGCGCUUCAUCCUCUCUUUCCAAAUAUGAUCACUUGCCAGGUGACACUGCUUUUAAAUGUAGGGUCCAAAACCAACGGGUCACAUUAAACAGUGGCUACCUCCAUCUUUUCAAUACAGUCUGUGGAUCAUAGGUGGUUUAAUGACUACAUGUAAAUCAAUUAGUAAACUGUGUGUGUGUGGAGGAAGUCGAUUGGGUGAAGGUGGAGUUUCUGGGGUGGGCGGUGCAGCUCGGCAGCACGCUAAAGAUCAAACUGGCUCCGGUCUGUGCGUCAGUGUUUUUCAUGUGUCUCGCGGAGACGUGGGUAAAAAGGACAAUUAUUACUGAGGCUCGAGCCCUUCUUUCGUUAAUUCAUAUUUCUCUGAGACUCUUCGAGGACCUUUUCCCCUUUAAGGUGUUCCUGUGUUUCCGCGCCGCGGCUCAGUGACCUGAAGGAGGCUUGAUGAGUGGAAGCAGCGACGCAGAAUUUCAUGUGCAUCUCAAACCCCACACACAUGGAUGUCAGGAGGAAAAGGUCCAAUGAUGCUGCCCACAUCGGUCUACUCGGUUUCAACAACUACUAGUCACAUCAGCCACCUGGUCAGUCACCGCAACACACCUGAAGAAGACGAUGAAACCAUGAGCGCAGAGCUGAGAGACCCCAGCAUUCUUUCCAAACCGGAGUCCGCCUCCGACCCUCUGGGCCACCACCCUCUUUCAGACCGUGAUGGCUCUCUGUUCGGCAAGCAGAGGCUGGACACAGAGCAGGAGCACAAGCACAUUAGGAUCUUCCCCCAGUCCAGCUUCUGCCCAUCCCAGUCCUCUCGCAGCUUGCCAGCUGGGUACAGCCCACAAACUCCUUUCCCGAGCCAGGCGUACAGCGGCUGGCUCCACCCGAGUUUCGCCAGCAGCUGGUCGGGAUAUCCCAACAGCCUGCCGUCCUGUCUGAGCCAAAAAGAUUACUCCAGCUGUUCUGGAGAGAGCUGCCUCUCCAGAUGCAAGUUCCUGUCCCUCCCCGGCACUCACAGCAGCAUGGGCAGCUUAGAGCAGCCGCUCUCGCUGCGCUCCAACCCGCCUUCAGCCAACCUGUGCCACCACACGUUAUCGCCGUACUCGUGUGCACCACAGGGGCCCGCCUGCUGUGCUCAGUGCCCUGCAGACGCCUUCAACAGGGAGCCUGUGGGCAACAAGCAUCCCUGGCCUGAGUACCAUCCAGCUUACCGCCAGUACUAUGCAGGUGACUGCAGAGUUCCUGCAGGUGGAUUCACACAGAUUGGACACAACGUUCCAGUCAAAGAGAAGCGCCCUCCUUGCAGCGCGCCGCUGUCUCUGGAGCAGAGGCGUGUCUUCGUCACUUAUGAAGCAGACAACGAUAAGCAUGUCAACGAGAUCAUCAACUUUGUGGCUCUGCUGCGGCACAACGGCUUUGACACGCACAUCGACAUUUUCGAGCAGCAGUUCAGAAGCAUAAGCAAGAUUGACUUCAUGGAGCGAUACCUGAGUGAGAAAGAGUACCUCAUUAUCAUCAUCAUCAGCCCCAAGUACUACGAGACGGUGACCGCUUCCCCUGCUGGCCUGGAGAGCGACGAGAGGACCUACAACACAGUUUACAUACAUAAACAGCUGCAGAAUGAAUUCAUCCAGAAUGGAAGCAAGAAUUUCAGGUUCAUUCCUAUCCUGUUCCCCGGGGCUAAAAAGUGCCACGUCCCUAACUGGCUCCAGAACACACACGUAUAUGGAUGGCCACGUGAUCGGGAUGACAUCCUGCGGCGGCUGAUGAGGGUCGAGAAGUACAACCCACCUCCUAUCGGGGAGCUUCCGACCAUAGUCUCCAUCCCCAUUUAAAAAAACUCUGAGCUGGAUUCACAGACUGGACUUAAAUCUUAUUGGCUGUUGGUCAUUAAUGAGGUGAACAGGGUGAUGAGGUGCUUUUGUGAACAGAUGGAUAUUGUGUGUUUGUUUAAAUUAACAUAUAGAAAAGUGCCAGUGUUUGUCUGAGAUAGAGGUGCAGACUCAGGCUUUUUUUUUUUUUUUAAAUAUAUAUCUUUGCAGUUGUGCAUCAUGCUGUAUGUGCACUGGUGCUACUCCAACUUGUGUUUUUUUUUUUUGUUGUUUUUUGUUGUUUUUUUGUUUUUUUAAAGGGGGUCUAUUAUCAAUCCCAGCCCCAGCUAUUGUUACUCUUGUAAUCGGCAGCUUUGCCUGAUUCACAGAUCAAAGCAAUCCUUAUUCAUUGUACAGGUGCAGAGACCGAGGAGAGUGCAAGCCAUGUUGUUUUGUUAAAGCUACAGUUUGCACAUGUCGCCUGAAUGCGUCGUGUGCAGGUAAUUAUGAAGUUGCGUUUUUGAAAAGAACACAGCUGUGAGGACACAGUGUCUGAAUGUGAGUGUGCAGAACAGGCAGAAUGGUGUGUGUGUGCAAAAAAACCAAUUAAAUUUUAUGUGAGAACCGUUUGGGGAAAGCUUUUGUUUUCACACUCUUCAAGCACCUAUGUUGGGCUUAAACUGAGGGUGUGCCUCCUAGCUGAUGGUUACACUUGAUUUAUAGGACUAGUAAAUUGCUCCUCAAGAAUUUACGCUUCACGCAGAGCACAGCAGGGAAAACGCUGAUAGCAGAACAGGUUUCAACCCCAACUUUACCACUGCUAUCACUCAGGGCCCAACAAUGCUGCCAGAUUUCACCUGGUGGAACGUCGGUCGAGCUGGGCGAACAGUAGAUACACGGGUUCAACAGCCUGGGAUUUACUUUAUGUAUAUACACUGAUCUCCUUGUACCUGUUUAUAUUAAACAUCUGGAACUGGAGCGAUAUACAGUACUGUGCAAAAGUCUCAAGUCACUGCUCAUUUUUUUUAAAAUACAUCAUCACCUUUAUUCUCCAAUAUAGCCUAAACUCUCUGAGACGAACCUUCUGCUGAUUUUUUCUCGCGUAAUUUUUCGUACCUCUUGUUCCCUUCCUUACAAAUGGCUUCUUCACAGCCUUUCACUGAGACCACUUCUUAUGAGGCGUCAGUGAACAGUAGAUGGAUCAAGUGAAUGGCCAGAUGUGUGUCUCAGGUCCUGUGUUAGGACCGGAGGACCUUUUGUUUCCCUGUUACUUAGGGGCAUGAUGUUCAGAGACUGUUCCUCUGCUGUAGUUUUUGUUUUUUGUUUUUAGACCUGACACUUCUUUGGUUCUCCCCCCCCCCCCCCCUCUUUGGGAAUCACCUUGGUGAUGUAAACAUACUAUUUUAUCUCUCAAACUGUGUUAGCUUUGACUUUUUUCAUAGAACAAACAAAAGACACAGAAAUACAGUAUCCAACCAGCAGACUUGCAAAAACGCCAAGAGAUACAAUUUAAAAAGAGUUUCUUUGCCAAGUUGUCUGUUUCGUAAAAACACAACACUGGUUCAUCCGUUGAGUUAGGUGCCUUUUUUGUGCUCUGGUGAUACGUAGGUGACUGAGUGGCUUAACUAACAAAAGAAGUUCCUCUGAAAAUGGACAGGUACAAGGACUGGGCUGAAAGCUCAAGUCUACUAAAAGUCUGGCUCCUUGGAAGUAAAAUGUGAAGAAAUGAAGUGUGGCUCAGGACUUUCACAUAGUACUGCAUGUGACAGAAAUUUAGGCAAAACACAAUAGUUCCCCUUUAAUUUUACAGCCUGAAAACACAGAUUCAUGAAUAAGUGUGUUUGUUUGUUUUACUGGACAUCUCCUACGCGUUACAAACAGAUGUGUAUGUGUUUGAGUGGAACAUCAGGGCUCUCACUUACGAUGUGCAAACAUUGACCCAGAUACUAUAUUCUCUCAGCCUUUGACUCCAAUUACAGGUGCCUGUUCAUUUUAAACAGCUGCUCAACUGGACGCAUAACACAGUGGUUUGUCAUCGUGUUUUCUUAUAUUGUGUGUGGUUCGUAUUGUUUAAAGAGAAUGCAGUUGUGGGUAAAAAUGGUUUGUGGCUUUUGUAUUUGCUCAGUGACGAUUCAUUUAUACCUCUCUGUAAGCUGCACCCGAAUUCAUUUUCUCUUACCCACUUUUGUUAAUUUAUGUUCCAACUAAGUUAUUCUUAAAAAUUUUUAGCAUUUUUUUUUUUUCUGUAUGAGCGUUAAAAUGUGUGUUUUUUUUUUCCCCUUUUUAGCAUCUAACCUUUCGUACUGAAUACAACAAAAAGAGCGGGGGGUAAUCUGGUGUUUUUCAUCUUCCUUCUGCAUUGGAAACCAUUCUCAGGGGAUCCUUGAUGCUAGAUGUUACAAUAAAAGUAUUGGAUGACUGAAAA